AUUGAUCAUACGACGUGAGCUGUCAGCUGAAUAUUUUUUAAUUCAUUGUGUUUAUUACGCCUAAAAAUGUUAUAAUUAUUAUAAAAACGAGACUAUGGGUGCGAAGGAUUCAAAGCUUAGUUUUAUAUCAUACGACGACGCUGUGAAACGAGUGUCUGAGAGUGAGUUGAGGCGUAUACGUGAAGCGUUUAAGAGAUGUGCUGGAGCUAACGGUUCCGUGUUGAGCUUCGAAGCGUUCGUGCAGGAGGUGCUCUGCGAUGGAGUCCCCCUCGAAGUGGCGGAGUGGUUAUACCAGGCUUGCGGAGGCACCAAGCGAGGGAUCACCUUCAAGGACCUUUUACGUGGAGUUGUCGUUCUUACAAAGGGAAACAUAGAAGAGAAAAUCAAGUUCCUGUGGACAUUGUAUGUGAAUAAUCAAAAUGACAAUGGCACAUACAUAUACAAACGAGAGUUUGCUAGAGCACUUCACCUCGAAAAUUCAUCGUUACCAGAAAACGAAUCUCAGAGAACUCUGGACAUAUUGACCAGUCUGUUUGGUUCCUGUGAGAGGGUCACCUUUGAUCAGUUCAGAUCAUGGCUGCUCAUACACAAAGAUGCUACGGUUCUAUCAAAAUGGUUGUUAUUUGAUAGAAACAGUACACCACAGGAUUUAGAUACACCCACAUUUUACCAGAGCUUAGCUGGAGUCACACAUCUGGAUGAACGGGAUAUAAUAGAAUUGGAGAAAUGCUUCUGGUGCCUUCGAAACUCCGCUCCCACUGGAGAGUUGGAUGUACAGAGCAUGAGGGGACUGUUGUCACCUCCUCUGCCGAGAGCAGCCGUCGAGGGUACCUUCCUAGCCUUCGAUGAGAACAGAGAUGGUCACAUAGACUUUAAAGAGCUCUGCUGCGGACUCAGCGCCGCCUGCAGGGGUCCUACAACAGAGAGGCUCAAAUUUUGCUUCAAAAUAUUCGAUCUUGAUAGAGACGGACUUCUCAAUAAGAAAGAGUUAGAGGACAUGGUCAGUAUACUGUGUACGAUAGCCAAUGAAGCCAUCAAGAACCAGGACUCGAGAUCGUCCACGCCCUCGGACGGGGAGUCGGAGGGGGACAGGGGCUUCGACCCGGAGCUGGUGCUGAAGAACCUCAAGGAGAAACUGGUCUCCGUGCCCGCGGACGCCAGGAAACCGAUGUUCCAACUAGGACCCACUGAUGCUGAGAGAACCGUCACAACGACUGAGGGUCAGGACUAUGGACCCGGUCUCCGUCUCGAGGAGUUUCUCAUCUGGAGCGUGGAGAGUGCCGGGGCGCUGGUGACGCCGUGCCGGGAACUGUUACUGGAGCUAUGCCACGUGGUGCUGGGUCUCCGGCCCGAGUGUCGACAUCGCGAGAGAGACAUCGUCCUGGGCUGGUUGCGUCGCGAGACUUGCCGCGGUCUGUCUGUGGGUCAGUUCUGGUACCUGGUGUCGGCGUCCUGGUGGCGCGCCUGGCUCCAGUACUGCGGCUCGCCCGGCUCGUGCUGCCGCCGGGACGACAUCGUACCGGACGACAGUUUCACUACUAAUUCAACCGAGUCAAUGGGUUCCUUGUUAUGGCCAGCGGAAAGCGCGUCUCUUGGCAGCGCUGGUGGCAGCGCGGGCAGCGCCAGCAGCGGCGUGGGCAGCGUCAGGGCCGCGCCUCAUCCGGGGCCCGUGGACAACUCCCCGCUCCUGGGGGGCGGAGGACCAGCGGUGCGGGCGCUCACCGGCGAGGGCGGCACCCUCCGCCGUGACGUCACCCUGGCGCAGCAUCGCGACUUCGAGCUGGUCCCGGACGCUCUGUGGCACGCGCUCGCCCUGUGGUACGGAGCGGCUGACCCCCUACCGCGACAGGUUAUCAGGCCGCUACACGCGGACGUGGAGCUGGAACUGUAUCCGCUGCAGAUGAGGAUCUACAGACACGUGCCAGGACCGCAGAUGGAUGUGUCUGCGUCAGGAGCGACCACCUUGGGUCUGUUGGGGGCGGGUGCGGCGGGGGCGGGCGUGGGGGCGGGCGCCCUGUACGCCGCGCCACCCGACAGGCAGCUCGCAUACACAGCGGCCUUCUCUAGGCUGGCCACCAUCAAACAGGUGACCGAAUUUCUCUGCGGGGCCCUGGGUCUGGCGCGGGAGGACGUGCGGUUGUGGGCCCUGGGGACCGGCGCUUUGUUGCUGGAUGACGAGCGACCGACGCUACAGGCGCUCAGGUUGGAUGAGCGGUCCAAGCUACUGCUGGAGGUGCGCAACCCUGAUCUCACCUGGCCUGAGGAAAUAGGCGCGCUCGGAGCACAAUCAGCGUGCGGUGUGACGGGGGCGGCGCGAUGGGCCGAGCGACGGGAAACAUUGACGGCGCCCCAGCUGCCCGGGGCUACAGGGCUCCACAAUCUCGGCAACACGUGCUACAUGAACGCCGCACUACAGAGCGUUUGGAACACGGGCCCGCUGGCGCGCUACUUCAAUUCGGGUCUCCAUCUGUACGAAGUGAACUCCGCCAAUCCACUGGGUACCGGUGGCUCGUUGGCGUUGCGCUUCGGCGAGCUGUGCAAGGAGGUGUGGUCUUCGAGCGCGCGGUCCAUAGCGCCGGUGAGGCUGCGGUGGUGCGUGUCUCGUUACGCGCGCGACCUGGCGGGUGGCGGCCAGCACGACGCCCAGGAGCUCCUGGCCUGGCUGCUCGACGCACUGCACGAGGAUUUAAAUCGUGCUUCGCCGCCCGCCGCCGCUCCCUCUCCCGCCCCGCCCAACCAGCCUGCCGGCCCCCGUGCGGACCGUGAGUCAGCCGCCGAGGCCUGGGCCGCUCACACCGUUCGCAACGACUCCAUCAUAUCGGAGCUGUUCUACGGUCAGCUCAAAUCGAAGGUCCGCUGCAGCGUGUGCGCCAGUGAGUCGGUGCGGUUCGACACCUUCAACAUGCUCAGUCUUCCGUUGCCGAUGGAGUCGUACGUCUGCGCCAUCGUCAGAGUGGUCCUGUUGGAUGGUUCGGUUCCGACGAAGUAUGGCGUGAGAGUGAACUCGGAGGGCACUUACAUGGAUCUUAAGGAGAAGCUGUCGGAACUGUGCGGCCUGUCGCCGGACUUGAUGCUCCUGGUGGCGUUGUCGGGAGCCACGAUAGGGCGCGUCCUCGAGUCCGAUAACAAAGUGAGUGCGGCCAUCGCGAGAGAGCUGGUCGCAUAUGAGCUGCCCUCGGACAAUGGAAAUGACGGCAGCGACCAGGACGAGUGGUCUAGUGAUGUAGAGGAGAGUGACUCGGGCGUGACGGAGGGCAUGCUGUCCGACGAGGACGAGAGGAUCCGACCGCCGGCUGACGAGCGUGACGGACGUGACGCACGUGACGCACGUGACGGACGUGACGACAGCGACGACCGGGACGGACGACUGGCGGGCUCGGUGAGUGUGGCGCGCGGCCGGACAUCCUCCUCGCUCUGCAUGCCUGCACUCUUCUGCUUUAAGCGUUCCCGCUCCGAACUGCUGAUGUCGGCCUCACCGACGGCACUGUACGAGCGGCACACGCUGCCGCGGGCGAUGUCCGCGCCCACCUCCCGCACGCACACGCACAACGCUCAACUCGCCCAUCACGCCCACGUCUCCAAUCAGACAACGUACGAGGAAGGGGACAGCUAUCUGAUAGCUGUUCACAGGAAGCAGGUGUCCGGCGAGGGUUACCUAGUGGGGGGCGGAGGUCGUGCGGCGUUGUUCGGCUCCCCGUUGGUGGUGUGCACCCGGCCCGGGACCUCCGGCAGAAGAGUGUACGGUCGCGUGUGGACCCAGCUGGCGAGAUUGCUAUCCGCUCGACCAGCCCCUCGGCCGCACACCAGACACAACCAUGCCACCGACUGUGACGACAGUCUCGGCUACGAGUUCCCCUUCACGCUGCGUUUGGUCGGCGCGAGCGGCUUGUGGUGCGCUCUCUGUCCCUGGCCGGCGCUCUGUAGGGGCUGCGUGCUUCCUGCCACAGACGACGUGCUCAUAAGAGACGGAGCUUGUCGUCCUAGAAGGAGGACGGAGCCCCGUGACGAGGGUCCCGACACGGACUCGCCCAUAGCAAGAGCGAAACUACAGAGGCAAGCCAGCUCACGACUCGGCAACCAUACUGGUUCCCACCAGUCUUCCGAGGGUGUGGUCCGCCGUCUUGACUUGUCAGGGCUGCGUCGAGGAGGUGUGAGGGUCAUGCUCGCCAUAGACUGGGAUCCCACAGCACUGCAUCUCAGAUACCAGUCCACCAGGGAGAAGGUUUUCGUUGAGCACGGUUCGGUGCAGGCGUGCCUGUCAGCCGGUUCCCAGCCCGUGGACCUGGCCAGCUGUCUGCGGGCCUUCACCUCGGAGGAGCGGCUCGAGGCUCGCUACCACUGCGGCCCGUGUUCCGCCCUCCAACCAGCUACAAAGAAACUACAGAUGUGGAGACUGCCACCUGUACUGAUCAUACACCUCAAGCGGUUCCAGUACGUGAACAACAAGUGGAUCAAGUCCCACAAGGUGGUCGACUUUCCCUUCGAGGACUUCGACCCGACGCCCUACCUCGCAUCGGUUCCGCAGGAGACGAUCCUGCGACACGAGGAGCUGAACCAAAAACGAAGAUCAUCGAACUUCAUAGAUAUAGAAGACAGAAUAUCAGAGAGCGACGCCGAAACUGAGGAGGAAAUAGAAAUAACAGGCGACGAGGCUGCGAAGAGACGGAGCAAAGAGAGGAGAAGAAGGGAGUCUGUAGAGGUGAAGGGAAGGAGACGACUGGAGUCCACCAGCCUGAUCACGACCCCGGUGGUGGACGACAACCUGAUGGACUACCACCAGCACCGCCUGCUGCCGGAGCGAGACGUGUUCGACCUGAAGUACAGGCUGUAUGCGGUCGUGUCUCACUCGGGCCAGCUGUCAGGUGGUCACUACGUGUCUUACAUCCGUCAUUCCUCGGGCUCCUGGCUGUGUUACAACGACAGCUCGUGCCGCGAGCUGGGAUCAGCGCCUACGCUGGACGCGGCCGCAGCCUACCUGCUGUUCUACGAGCGCGUAGGCCUCCGCUACGACGCCUACCUGCCCUCACCACCGGACCGCCCCCCUCCACCCCCGCCCGCCGACGACCCCGACCUCAAGAACGUCUGCAGCAUCGUGUAGCAGCCAGCUCAAAGUAGUCAUGAUGAUAUAGGAAUCCCCGUAGGACGUAUUAAUAUAUCACCAAUAUAAUAUUCGGAAACUAUGAGAUAUCUACUCUUGUAUAAUAAGAUAUUUUUUUAAUAUAAGUUCACUGAAUGUCGCUCCUCUCGCUGAAGCUCCCGACAGCUUCGUGGAACAGAAACACUAAACGUCUUAUACAAUCAGCAUUCCUUAAUGUUACGGUGUACACAUAUAAAUCUAUACGUCGGUGUGAAUAGCGUGAUCUACAAUGUAAGUAAGUACCAGGUUAAUGUUAUAUUAAUUUUCAGUUUCAUAAAAACUCUGUUAGGAACACUGAAUAAUUUAAAUUAUUACAUUCGGAGACUGAUGAUGUUCGUAGCUUUAGGUACAUAUAGGUAAUUAUCAAUAAGGCAAUAGCAACAGACGGGCUAUACACGAUACAUUGCAGCCGAUGGGAACAUUAAAAAAUUUUGUAAGCGAAACAAAUUUAUUCCGUCAUAAUAUUAAUAUUUUAUAAAAUUUUAUUACUUCAUCCAUAACGUUGAUGCGGAAACAUUAAUAGUAUUGAUAUACUAUACUUUUUGUUUAAUUAAUUAAUUAUUAUUAUUAUUAUUAUUAUUAUUAUUAUUAUUAUUAUUAUUAUUAUUAUUAUUAUUUUUGAUUUUGAUAAAAAUUUUAUUUAAAUUUAAUUAAGAAGAUAUUAUUUUAUCAUAUAAGUGUAUGAACAUUAUGAAGUGUAUUUUUUUUUUUGUAUUUUACUCCAUAUUAUUAUUAUUAUUUUGAUAUUAGCUUUUCAUGAAAAGUCAUCGAAAUGAAAAAAAAAAUGGAACCAAAAUAGUUAUAAAACGUACGUACGAGUAUGAGAAAUUGUGUAAUAUAUUUUAAAUUUAUAUUAAAUAUGCCACUGGUGAGGAGGUCGUAUGAUUUGUACAACACUAUGUAACUAUGAUCCUUAUCUGCUGAUAUAUUUUCACACAUUCUGAUAUAUAAAAUAUAAUUUAAAAUAGUGCCAUUUCGAAAUAAUAUCGAUAAAAUUGUUUUGGUUUAUACAUUUAUGAAGCGGAAUCUUAAAUUAUAUAUUUUGUUUGAUAAUAUUCAAAUGAAAUUAUUUAUUGUCAGCAUGUUUCUAUAAUCUGUAUUUGAAGUGUUAUUAUUUGUUAUCUGUAUUUUGUAAGGUAAUAUCCCUGUGCAAUAAGUAUGUUUUUUGGUAACAAAA